AUGAGCAGUGAGUGCUUGUUACCUUACUACACCGCCCGCAGCUACCGUUCCCAGGGCGUGUUCAAUACCUGCAUGGGGGACCUGCAGCGACAACUGUACAAGGGAGGGGAGUAUGAUAUUUUCAAGUACGCACCGAUGUUUGAGAGCGACUUUAUCCAGAUUAGCAAAAAGGGAGAGAUGAUUGACGUACACAACCGUGUCCGAAUGGUGACCGUGGGCAUCGCAUCCACCAGCCCCAUCCUUCCGCUGCCUGACGUCAUGCUGCUGGCCCGACCAACUAAAGUCUGCGAAGAGCAUACCAGACGCCUCCGGCCCGCCAAGGGGAGAGGCCGCAAGCCCCCGAAGACCCUAGAGCUCACCAGGCUCCUGCCCUUGAAGUUUGUCAAGAUCUCCAUUCACGAUCGUGAGAAGCAGCAGCUGCGCCUGAAGCUUGCCACUGGUCGUACUUUCUAUCUGCAGCUGUGUCCCUCCGCAGACGCACGGGAAGACCUAUUUUGCUACUGGGAAAAGCUCGUCUAUCUCCUGAGACCACCAGUGGAGAGUUGCAGCAGUACCCGGGCACCACAAAGCGGGGACGCAGCGACCAUAGAGGAUGACAGCAGCCUAUUGACGGCAGAGUUCCGUGGAGAUGGCGAUCAGAAUGAGGCGAGGUUUUGCAAUCUUUGUGAUGUGUCCAGAGCCACUUCUUCUGGUUACGCUGGGGGAGAGGGAAUGCCCAGUGCAGCUCACAUCAAGAAAACUCCAGGGACUGCCGAAGGAGCGGCCAAAGGGGCAACCGCAGGCCUGGCAGUAGCAGGAACAAUGAGAACAAGUCCUAGAGCCAACGUGGCAGCAGCAGGAGCGGGAUCAAGUCCUACAGCAGGUGCUUUGAGCAUAGCAGCAACCAAGAAUGCGGGCACAGGCCAGAUAGGCGUAGCCAUGGCUGGAGCCACCACCCAGGGUCCAGGAGAAAGUGGAUCCAGCAAGGCCGCGGCAGGUGCUGCCAACAUAUCCUCAGAGGGCACGAAUGUGGUCUUGGUGAGUGCUGGCAGCUCGUCCUCAUUAAACACUUCCAUGGCAAUGGCAGGGACUACUAAUAUCUCCCCGGCCAGCAGCACCAGCGUCACGUGUACAGUGACAACCACAAAUCCUGCCGUAGACAGAGCUGAAGACCACGUCUCCACCUUGAAGAGUGAGCGGGAAGGGAACCAGAAGGUCUCCCCACACAGAGCCGAAUCUCAGAGGGGAAAAAAAGAAAAGAGAGAAAAGAAGGACAGAGCUUCCACAAGGAAAAGUUCCCAUCACCGCAGGACAGGAGUGAGCAAGUCGCUCCGGAAAUCAUCCUCCCACCGGUCAUCAUCUGGCCAUAAAAACGCAAGAGAUGACAAAAAAGAAAAAGGGGCGAGCCACGUCAAGGGCAGAAGGCACAGCUCUCACAAGAGUUCCAGCCACAGCGCCGCUGGGAAGGAGUCGAGGACAGCUCACAAACUGGGGAAGAGCAGAUCUACCAGCUCGGGUACUUUAAGUAAGAAAUCCAGUAGGAUUGGCUCUUUCUUCAAGAGCUUCAGAGUCACUCGUGGUUCAAAUACUGAGGUCACAUCACACGACAGGGAGAUGGACUUCAAGGCUAAGAAGGUGGGGAAGCGCAACAUAGAGGCGACGGUAGAGAAAGCCCCGGGUGGCCAGGAUCUGGAGAUCACUGGCAUCGUGACAUCGGAGAUGAUGGAGACGAUCUACAUUGAAACCAAAUCCAAUUAA